GUGGUGCAAUUUUAUUUAUUUGUCAAUGACGUAAUGCUUUGUUGGCAAGUUGCAUCAUUCCUGUUCUCAGAAUGUUUUGUAAACGAGGCUGAUUGUGUUAACGAGACUUUGCAGUUAUGGCCGAAGAUUUUGAGAGUUUGGCAAAUUACAAAAUUGCAAAUUAUGAUGUGUUACCAGAGGAACUUGACUUUGAUAUUCUUGAGUUUGGAGUUGAUGGGGAUCUAGAGGUGGUUGCAAAGAGAAGAGAUGGACUAAACCCACCGUGCACUCUGCCUGCUAGUUUGCCUGAGCUUUUCCCAGAUACAAAAGAUGAACUGGAAGAUUUUCUGCUUCAUCCAGAAAAACUGCAAAUACAUGAUUACCAAAAAUCUCAGAGGUUCUGGGAGAGAGAAAGAGACCCAGAGACAUUAUUCAGACAUGAAGCAACACAAAAUAGUUACUCUCUGGAGAUGGAGAGAGACGUAAAAACAGGAGCUUGCAAAGGAUACAAAGAGAUUUCUCUAUUAGAUGUUGGACUUACAGCCAGAAAUUCAAUGUCAUUCCAUCGACAGCCAGGGGCUCUAUCAGGGUCAGUCAAAGGCGAGCCAUCAAAUUACCCAUUUAUGCCAGGUGGCUUUACUUUUGAAACAAUGGCCAGAAAUAUGCCUGACAUUAAAGAAGAUGAGAUUGGCCUAGAAGGAGAUCUCCUUGAUUUACCCCCAGGUUUCGUAGAGCCAAUCAAGUUUGAUUUUACGCAAAAAGCAGAUUCACCUUCAUCCGAAGAUACUAGCUUGGCAACUAAUGUCUUCAAUAUCAAUGACAUUUUCUCCGGUGAACUAGUCCUUGGAGACUUAGAUGUAAACGAGGCUGAUAGUAGUGAUCAAAAGGAAGAGAGCAAUCAGCAAGAAUUAGGACAAACUGUAGGAGAGCAAAAACUGGAUGAUACUGCAAACUUGGAUGAAGACGUAUUGCAGGUUUCAGAGAUCGUCAAAAAGCCUCCAGAAUCAGAGAAAAAUAAGGAAGAAUGGGCUAUGAUUGAGAAUACAGAACACAGUGUGGACGAUUUUCACAGGCUUGUCCCAGAUAUGGCCCAUAAAUUUCCCUUCGAACUGGAUAAUUUCCAGAAGCAGGCAGUACUUCACUUAGAACAUCACGAAUGUGUCUUUGUUGCUGCACAUACGUCAGCAGGAAAGACAGUAGUUGCAGAGUAUGCCAUUGCAUUGGCACAAAGACACAUGACCAAAGCAAUAUAUACAUCUCCAAUUAAAGCAUUAUCGAAUCAAAAGUUUAGAGACUUCAAGAACACUUUCUCAGAUGUUGGUAUUUUGACGGGCGAUGUGCAAAUACGACCCGAUGCUUCCUGCCUCGUUAUGACCACUGAAAUUCUCAGAUCCAUGUUAUAUAACGGAUCUGACGUGAUAAGAGAUAUAGAGUGGGUGAUAUUUGAUGAAGUUCAUUACAUAAACGAUGCAUCGCGUGGUGUUGUAUGGGAAGAAGUGCUGAUUAUGCUUCCUGAUCACGUUGGCAUCGUGUUGUUGUCUGCAACUGUGCCGAAUACGUAUGAAUUCGCUGAUUGGAUAGGGAGGACCAAGCGAAAGAAAAUCUACGUCAUAAGUACUUACAAAAGGCCAGUGCCUUUGGAACAUCACCUUUUCACUGGCAACAGCACGAAGACAACGAAUGAGCUAUUUUUGCUGGUUGAUUCACAUGGAAAAUUUGAGAAGCGAGGCUAUCAAGCCGCAGGAGAUGCUCUAAAAAGCCGCGCAAAGAAAGGCAAGGAGGCCUAUGGGCCUAAGGGUGGCAAAAUGGGGAAUCCGAAACAGGACCGCAGUGUGUGGCAAGCUGUCCUCGACAUGUUAAAGAAGAAAAGCCAGCUUCCGGUUGUCGCUUUCACAUUUUCCAGGAAACAAUGUGACAAUAACGCCAACCAGCUGACUUCGGUUGACCUCACUACGAACGUCGAAAAAGACAUUCACGUUUUCGUCAAGAAAUGUAUCAGCAGAUUGAAGGGCUCAGAUAAGCAAUUACCACAGGUACUUUGGAUGGGGAGUCUUUUGAAUCGAGGGAUUGGUGUGCACCACAGUGGAAUAUUACCGAUUCUAAAAGAAAUGGUUGAGAUGCUUUUUCAAAAAGGUCUUGUCAAGUUGCUUUUUGCCACGGAGACAUUUGCCAUGGGUGUGAACAUGCCUGCAAGGACGGUUAUCUUCGAUUCAAUUCGAAAACAUGAUGGACAGGGCUUUAGAGAUUUGCUGCCAAGCGAAUAUACCCAAAUGGCUGGACGCGCUGGAAGAAGGGGCCUGGACUCUACUGGCUUAGUUAUAAUAUUGUGUAAAAACGAUGUACCGGAAAUGGCUGAUUUACAUAAGAUGAUGAUGGGAAAAGCCACCCUUCUUCAGUCACGUUUCCGACUAACGUACUCUAUGAUACUGAACCUUCUUCAAGUCGAGCAACUCACCAUGGAGGACAUGAUGAAACGAAGCUUUGCAGAAUUUUCCCACCAGAAAGAGACACCUGAGUUCACUAAAAGGAGAGAGGCUCUAGAACAGCAGAUCAAUAAUCACAUUGAACUCGAAUGCCCAAUUUGUGCCACGGAUUUGAAGCAGUACUACUUCGAUUGGAAAGAAUUUCAUAAAAUGAAGAGGCAGUUACAGAGUUUUAUUUUGACAUCACAAGCGGGAAUGCGUGCAUUGACCCCAGGACGCGUUUUAGUUAUCGCAAACAAUCGCUUUCAUAACUCACUGGCAGUUUUGUUACAACAAGGUAAUUUAAAGCAGCGCCUGGAGAUCUCAAAAGAUCCUCUUGACAAACUGUUUACUGUUCUUGUGUUGACUUCAAUGGAAAAUGAAAAAACAGAUACUCAGGACGAUCUCAGGCCUACCGCUGCAGAUGCAGUGAAGAACCCUGUGAUAUCGAGACAGCUUUCGAUACCAGUUGGUGCUGCCUGUCAAAUUGUUGAAGAAGUCCGUGGAAGUGAUAUAGCGUAUAUCACCACAAAACAAAUUAAAACCGACCCAACACGAAUUAUGGAAGACCACAAAAAAAGACAGAUACCAAGAUUCAGGGAUGAUCCUCCAUCUGAAACGACAGUAACUGCUGGUCAAGAGCUUCUGCGGAUGACCGAUUCAAAUCCUGGAGGAAUUACCUUUAUGGAUGCCAUAAAAGAUUUUAACAUGAAGUAUUUGGACGUUGUUGAAAAAGUGAAGCGAAUUAAGCAAAUAGAGGAGAUCAUUAAUUCUUGUCAAUGCAUUCAAUGUCCUCAGUUUUUAGAACAUUUUUCUCAAGUAAGGAAUAAAAUGGAAUUAAAGGAUGAACUCCAGCGAGUUAAGUACCUCCUCUCGAAUGAAAGUCUAGAGCUAUUACCAGAAUAUCAACAAAGAAUAGAGGUUCUCAAGACACUGCGAUACAUUAAUAAGGACCAGAUUCUGAAGUUGAAAGGGCGCGUAGCUCGUGGAAUCAGCAACAAUGAAUUAAUGAUAACAGAACUGGUGUUUGAUAAUCAGUUGACUCACCACAAGCCAACUGAAAUCGUCGCUCUGCUAUCUUGCUUUGUUUGUGAAGUGAAAAAGUCCAGUGAACCAGAACUGACAGAAACCCUAAAAGAGGGUGUGCAAGUGAUCAAGAAAUGUGCAAAGGCUCUUGCUCAGAUCCAAAAGGACUGUGGGAUGUCCUUAACAGAGGAAGAAUAUGUAGAGUCGUUUCGCUUUGGAUUGGUGCAAGUUGUUUAUGAAUGGGCAAGGGGGAUACCCUUCAAAGAGAUAACAGAACUCACUGAUAUUCCCGAAGGUAUAAUUGUUCGCUGUAUCCAACGACUUGAUGAGAUCUGUCGUGACGUUAAGGCUGCAGCACGUAUAAUCGGUGAUCCGGUGUUGGUAGACAAGAUGGAACAGGGCUCAAGUCUUAUCAAAAGAGACAUUGUAUUUACUGGAAGUCUUUAUACUAGUUGAUUUUUAAAUGCCUAGGAUUUCUUAAACUGAAUUGUAGCUAGAUAUGAAUAUAUUCACGAAAUCGUUAUUUUGAAGAUAAGCCUCGAAAUCUUAAAAUAUUCUGGACGGGCGUUUAU